GAACAAGAGUUUUCAAGCAGCAACACUCCAAACUCUUCACUCUUCUGUCUCUUCCACGUAACUGCUACCUAACUAAUCAACCAAACCUCGACACCUAGCCAUGGAAUCAAAUCCCAAAAAUACCAUCAAAUUUCUCUUUAGCUACGGUGGCAAAAUCCUCCCCCGCCUCACCGACGGCAAGCUUCGCUACUCCGGCGGCCACACUAGAGUCCUCGCAAUCCCUCCCCACAUUUCUUUCUCAGGAUUAAUGGUGAAGCUUAUGGAAUUGUGUGGUUCAACAUCGGUAACAUUAAAAUGUCCAUUACCAAAUGGAGAUUUGGAGACAUUGAUUUCAAUCACCAAUGAUGUGGAUCUAGCAAACAUAAUUGAAGAAUAUGAUCGAGCUUCUUCAUCAUUAACUCAUCCAUUGAAGAUCAGAGCCAUUCUUUCACCGCUCAAAUCUCUCAAGAAACUAUCUCCUCCUCCGUCUUCUUCAUCUAGUGCAGCUCACUCUCCGUCUGGUUCGCUUCAUACAUCUGCAGAAUCACUGCCGUAUGCGGCUAUGAAUCGAAUUAACCGCCUGAAUUGCUCGCCGGUUUCGGUUGGUUAUCCGAUUGGGAUUCGGAAUGGAGUGAAAGGUAGUUGUUACAAAGGGAAGUUAGAUGGAAGCCCUAGGUUUCUUUAUCGCUUCUGUAAUAAUUAUUGCCACUGAUGCAAUAGUUAUGUUUUUUGGAGAAUACAAAGAUAUAUAUACCAAAUAGACAACAGUUGAUGAUGAUGAUGAAAAAUAUGGUACUUGAUCUGUAGUAGGGUGUAUAUAGCAAAAAGUGAUUUGUAAUAGUGCUUGAGCUUUUUUUUUUUAUCUGCUUGAGCUUUUUAAAAAACUAUGGAGUAUUGCUCUGUUUUCUCUGUUCAUUACUUUCAAUGUAAAAAAAAAAAGAAAUAGAGUUUUGAGUUUGAAAUUA